ACGGACACAUUGUGGAAACUACCAGGUGAUCCGAAAAAAUUCUAUUUCAAUCCUGACGAAAUAACUGCGUUCUGCUUCGAGGGAGAUUGCCAACAGACGUUAAGCCAUGGAACAUAUCGAGUCGAUGACGAGGGCCUUGUCAGAUCGUUGAGUUAUCGAUGUCAACAUGCCGGGGAUAGCCCUAGAGUGAUUCUCGCUCUUCUCUACCUGCCUCCAUCACUUUCUACUCGUUUCUUAUCGCUAUAUUCUGUCUAUCCUAUAUCUCGAUCCACCUAUUACGGUGUUGACAGCGGCACUUUGGGCCUGAAGCUAUCACUCUUCUUCGAUUUGAUCAUGGCCACCUGCCUGCCCGAGGAUAAGUUCGUCUCCAGCCACUUGGCAGCUAAUAAGUCAGAUAGAAAUCUCGACGUAUUGAAGCAGUCACGGAAAAAAAUUUGGGAACGUUUUCAUCUGUGCAAGUGCAGAGCAUACUGCCUCCCACUCACUGACUACGAAUACCUAGGCGAUCUUCAGCAUUCGAGCAACCUGCUUCCAAAGCGAGAAGUAAUAGUCAAUCUUCAAAAUUCCGUUUUAUCACGCAUUUCGGCCAUGGUUCUGAGUGAUACCCAGGACUAUUCAACGGCUCUGCUCAAAACCUCAGUGGCUAUCAAUAUCAACUACCCCCACAUGAAGAAGGACAUACUAACCGUACUCGAAUCGUUGUGCGUUCGAAGCAUUCCUCAUUGCGCUCGUGCUCUGAUGUUGACGGCCGAAUAUUUGGCCAUACGCGCUCGUGGAAAAGGUGGACUACGGAGCGGUCCUGCAGCGAAUCCAGCCUUCACUCAUAUUUUCGAGUCGAUGAAAAAACAUUUCGCUGGUAUACCGAAUGGAUCAAAGGAUACUAUCCCACGGAGCGUCACAGUGGAAGCUGCGGCUAGGGUUGAUCUUUUCGGUGGUUGGCUAGAUACUCCUCCAAUCACCUUAAGCGCCAAUCCUUCGGCUGUCGUGAAUAUGGCCAUUCUUGUGGAUGGAAAGAAACCAAUAGCUUGCCAUGUGCGACAUGUUCCCGAUGCUGGCAUUACCAUACGAUGUGGGGAUACAACUGUAUUACUCUCAUGCUCCCAAGAUAUAUACGAGUCAUACAACAAGCCGCGUAAUCCAGGGGCACUGGUAUGUGCCUGCCUCAUCUGUGUUUGUGUACCGAGUGGACCUGAAGACAAUCUUUUGGAGACCCUCCAGAACCGAUUCGGUACCACGGGCUUGGAAAUCGAGUGUACUUCUUGCCUACCUCAUGGAUCUGGUCUUGGGACGUCAUCGACACUAGCCGCAGCCAUUAUUCAAGCGUUAGGAUUAGCAAGUGGGUUCCACUAUUCGGAGAAGAGCAUCUGUCACGCUGUGCUAAUGGUAGAACAGCUGUUGACUACAGGCGGUGGAUGGCAGGAUCAAGUUGGCUGUCUCUAUCCAGGAAUCAAGAAAGGUCUCACUCAAAUCUUCCAGACGUUGAUAGAAAGUUUCUUCAACAAGACUGAUGACUGUGUAGACGUGGAGAAAAUAGAUAUCAAAGAGGAGUUUGAAAAAGAGAUCAAUAGUCGCAUGGUGCUCGUAUACACCGGAAAAACCAGACUAGCCAAAAAUCUUCUUCAGGAAGUCGUUCGUGGGUGGUUUUCCGGAGGGCCUAUUCGAGAAGUGAUCGCUUCGCUGGAGAGUAACGUUGUUCAGUUCGUCGAUAGCAUAAAAGAAGGAACAAUGCCUUGUGAACUGAUCGAAUUGUAUUACAAUGCAAAGAAAACUCUUGCUACCGGAUGUGAGCCUGAGAUCGUAACGUGCCUCAUUUCUCAGCUGAAGAGAGAGAGUCUCAUCGAAACCGCAUGGCUUGCCGGUGCCGGAGGGGGCGGCUUCCUAUAUGUUUGGUUGAAGGAUGGCAUCUCAGUGGAUCAAGUCCGAACGUUUAUCUCUCGUUGUGGCACCGCUGAAAUGACUGUCCAUACAGUCACCGUUGAUAAUUCCCCUAUUACCGUAGCAUUAAAAUAG